AUGAAGAGACUUGGAGAAAGAAUAGAAGAUGUUCGUGUAGUUGAGAAAAUUUUGCGAUCUCUUAAUAUGAAAUUUAAUCAUGUUGUGGUUGCCAUUGAAGAGUCAAAAGACACUGAGACCAUGACAAUUGAUCAAUUGUGUGGAUCUUUGUGUGCGCAUGAAGAAAGAAUGAAUCGUGGAAAACAAGAACAUAUUGAUCAGACUUUGCUAACAAAAUCCUUUAGCAAAUCAAGAGGUGAUUCUUCUACUAGAGGUGGUCGUGGACAACUCUGUGGAAGAGGCCGUGGUCGUGGAUAUGGACGUGGUCAAGGAAGAGGCGAACAAAACUCUUUCAAUGAAAAUAGAAAUCAAAAUUUUCAUAGAGGCCGUGGCAGAGGAAGAGGAAGAAGCAAUUAUGGGGUGUACGAAAAGAAAAAUGAUAAAACUAGAGCGCAAUGUUACUCUUGUAUAGAAGAGGAGACAAAGUUUGUAGAACGCCAAGAUAAUGAAGCAGAUCAAGCUUUAUUCUUUUCUAGUAAGGAAGAAACCAUGACUCACAAGACUUCUUGGUACCUUGAUAAUGGUGCCAGCAAUCAUAUGACUGGAGAUAAAAGCAAGUUCGUGGAACUCAAUACUAAACUUUUGGAGAAUGGUUGUAAAAUUAAUAUGGAAGGGCGUACUCUAUGGCUUAAAGAUCGUGAUGGUAAUCUUAUUGCCAAAGUGGCGAUGACAAAGAAUCAGAUGUUCAUACUGGAUAUGAAAGCAGGUGAAGCUAUGUGUUUGAAAGCUUGUGUGAAAGAUACAUCAUGGAUUUGGAAGAAAGAAAAUGGUGAAGGAUAUUUCGGUUAUUGA